AUGCGCCUCAAUCCGGAAAAGUUCGACGGCUCGGACCUGACCAUCACGGAGUACCCCAUGCCGGUGCUGCGCGGGCCCUGCGCGGACAUCGUCGACUUCGACGACGACUUCAAGCAGACGUGCAAGGAGAUGAUGUCCAUCAUGUACCAGGCCGACGGCGUCGGCCUCGCGGCGACGCAGGUCGGCCUCUGGAAGCGGUUCUUCGUCUACAACCCGACCGGCGACAGGCUCAUGAAGCCCUACGAGCGCAUCGUCGUGAACCCGCGCAUCACCAAGUAUGGCGAGGCGACGGCCGACGAGGAGGAGGGCUGCCUCUCGAGCCGGAGCGAGAACUGCGCGGGCGUCAUCCGCCGGUCGCUGGACAUCUGGGUCGAGUACGUCGACGAGCGCAACAAAAAGCGGACGAAGAAGCUCAGCGGCUUCGAGGCCCGCGUCUUCCAGCACGAGUACGACCACAUCGAGGGCGUGCUCCACAUCGACCGCCUGUCGCCCGAGGACCGCGCCAAGGUCGAGCCGGAGCUCGAGAGGAUGGUCGCCGAGUAC